AUACCUUAUAAAUAUGGCUGACGCGAAUACUUCCGUCAGUCGUAGUUGUGGAUAAAGACGAUUUUCUCCAAGAUGAAAACAGAAAGCAAGACAUUUCACAAUUGAUUUGACAGAAUAUAAUGAACAGACACUGAAUCUACUGGACAAAAACGAAGAAACUGCUGGAAAAGAUGGUUUUAAGCAACAUCUAUAGUUGCCAUGGUUACAUAUGUCUUGCCUUCGUAUUAUCUGUUGGAUGUCUGUAUACCUCAGCUGCAGAUACAGCUGCAGAUACAGGACCAAAGGUAGUGCUGCAAGCAAAUCGUGAGAAUUUGAAAGUGUCCCCGGCCAGUCUUAAACCGCAACAGGUACAUAUUAGUCUUGGAGACACUGCAACAGACAUGACUAUAAUGUGGGCAACUAGAGUCCAUGACAUUUCUGUCGUGGAGUAUCAUACUGGUGAUAGGCAGAAAGCCAUUAAAGUUGAAGGGGAGACAAUAAAACUGGACACUACCAAUGAAGAUGGAGCAAAAUACUUGCAUAGAGUUUGUCUGCAUGGUCUUCAACCGCAGACAAAAUAUUUCUACAAUGUUCAUGGAGAGAGUAUGGAUACUUUAAGUGAUCAAUUUAGUUUCACGAUGCCACCGGUUCUUGCUGGAAAUACACAUUCUUUUAUGGUGUAUGGUGAUCUAGGUACUGAAACUCAUGAUAUGCAGUUCCUGUUACAAGAGGCUCUAAAUGAAAAAUAUGAGGCCGUGUUCCAUGUGGGGGAUAUUGCAUAUGACUUGAAUAAAGGACAGGGACAAAUUGGUGAUAAGUUUUUGCAAAAGAUAGAAAAAGUUGCUGCCAGAACGCCAUACAUGACAGUGCCAGGGGAUCACGAGAGAAAUGAUGAAUUCCUGCACUACCGUUACAGAUUUUCAAUGCCAAAUUUGCCUUGGCCAAUGCCAUCAGACAAUUUGUGGUACAGCAUUGAUAUUGGACCUAUUCAUUUUGUGUUGUAUUCAACAGAAGUGUUCUUUUAUGAUGAAGUUAAUAUUGAGGAAAUGCUUCAGUGGUUAAAAACCGAUUUAGAUAAGGCAAACACCCAGCGAUCAGCAAGACCAUGGAUAAUAGCUAUGGGUCACAGACCAAUGUAUUGCUCUAUUGAUAAAAAUGAUGAGGAUUGUAAACGUGAUAACUCAUUAGUCAGGACAUCGUUAGAAGAUUUGUUUUAUGCUGAAGGUGUUGAUUUGGUCAUCUCUGGUCAUGAACACUACUAUGAACGAACUUGGCCGGUAUAUAACAAGAGAGCUAUACAGUAUAAUUACAGGGAGCCUGCAGCACCAGUACAUAUCACCAUAGGAACGCUUGGUUCGGUAUACGAGUCAGACAAAAGUACAAAUGUUGGCGGACAGUGGUCAGCCUUUGUCUUAUCAGAAACAGGGAAGGAGUCGUUUGGACGCUUAAAAGUUUUCAAUGCAACACAUCUUCACUGGGAAGUGCGAGAAUGUGCAAAUAAUAAACUUGUUGAUCAAAUUUGGAUCAUCCAGCCUUAUCAUAGACCUUUCAAUCUACCGAGAGUGUUCAUUCCAAACCCUCUGGGAGAAAUGGGUGACAAGUGGUUGCAGAAUGAAAAUUCAUUCGGACUUGAAUCAUUCCUUGGAUUAAGUGGGUCACACUAUGGUGAUGACUAUCAAACAAAACUCACAGUGCUUGUUUGUGUGUUUGUGAUUUGUUUGCUUGGUUUAAUGCUACGUAAAAAAGUGCUGGGAUUUAUCCGACUGUGUUGUUUGAAACAAGAACCCUGUAAUAAACUAAAGGCCGUAGUGCAUAAUAACGUAGGAGCUAAUGUGUAGAAAAAAUAUACUGGUAAUAAGUGGCUAGCAGCCUGGUUCUUGUUACAGAUUAUGCAGUGUGGAGCAUUAUGGGUAUGCACUAAGUAUUUGUGUUUACAGUUUCCUGUUAAUUUAUUCAAUGUUCUGGAUGUAGGGGCAUAUUAUUAUUUUCUGUAUGAUUAUUGAAGUAUGAACACAUAAUCAUGAUACUAGUUAUAAUAUGGUAGUGUAAUGUUAGGUGUGAUAUUAAUUACUGUGUAAGUGCAUAAUUUUGUGAUAUUGAAAUGUUUGCAAAUGAGAAAUACUUGCUCAGUCAAAGUCAUGCAGUGCUGCGAUGUAAUCUGAGCCUUGACAUACUCAAUAGUUCACCCAAAGAAAUUGUGUUUCUUCUAGUAUAUAGAAAAUAUGUAGACAUUCUUAUUAAGAAAUAGUUAAUAGACUAAAUCAGAACUGUGUUUUAAUAUAUUUAAACAUGGUAAAGUGAUAAUGCACCUGCGGAAAUAUUCCGCCAGUGAGUGAAUUGUUUUAUGUGGUAUAAAACUGAUUCAGUGUUUAGAUAUAUUAAAACAUGGUUCUGCUAUAUAUCUUAAAGGAUUCUUAAAUCCCUAUUAUGUAAAAAAGUGAAUGAAAAAAGCAGGCACUAUCCCCUGGCACAUUUGUAUUACACAGAAGGUCAACAGGACUGUAAUAUUAAAAAACAGUCAAGAGAUUACAGGUCUCGCAGAAUCACCUAGGAGUAUGAAUUAUUCUGUGUACCUAAUAGUAAUACUAUACUGAACAGCAAAAGAAACUAUUCAGAUGUAUAACUGGGGUAUUUUUUGAUAAAAAACUUAAAUCUAUAAAUUUCACUUGUUCUCUUCAUUCCACAUUAGUAACUGUCAUUACACUUGAAGAACAUCACGUGUUAAAUUUAAAAAAUUAAUCAACUGUGAAGUCAGUAGUCCCACAAUAGCCGUUUUGCUCAAAAUUCAUGUGCGUGUGUAAUUAAUGAUUUCUUUGUGAAAUUUUAUUGUCAUUGGAAACACUGAUGAUUGGCUCACUUGAAAAACAGCAUAAAGUUAAAAAAAUAUUGUUGGUUGCAUCGCAUGACUGAAUCAAAUUCAGCGCGAGCGCGCAAUUGGGAUAUUACAAUGCAACAGACGUGCAGAAGAUAAUAACCUUUUAAAUGGCUAUUGUUGGACUACUGACUUCACGGUUGAUUGAUUUUUAGCUUACCUGAGCCAGAAGCUUUUGUGACCGCUCAAUGUCCGUCGUUAGUCGUCCGUCGUGCGUCCGUCAACAAUUUGUAAAAAAAUCUUCUUUUUGAAAACCACUGGGCAGAAUUACAUCAAACUUCACAGGAAUAAUCCUUGGGUGGUCCCCUUUCAAAAUUGUUCAAAGAAUUGAAUUCCAUGCAGAACUCUGGUUGCCAUGGGAACCGAAAGGAAAAACUUUAAAAAUCUUCUUGUCCAAAACCACAGGGCCUAGGGCUUUGGUAUCUGGUGUGUAGCAUCAUCUAGUGGUCCUCUACCAAAAUUGUUCAAAUUAUCCCCCUAGGGUCAAAUAUGGCCCCGCCCCGGGGGUCACUUGGUUUAUAUAGACUUAUAUAGGGAAAACUUUGAAAAUCUUCUUGCACAAAACCACAUGGCCUAGGGCUUUGAUAUUUGGUAUGUAGCAUCAUCUAGUGGUCCUCUACCAAGAUUGUUCAAAUUAUCCCCCUAGGGUCAAAUAUGGCCCUGCCCCAGGGGUCACAUGGUUUAUAUAGACUUAUAUAGGGAAAACUUUGAAAAUCUUCUUGUACAAAACCACAUGGCCUAGGGCUUUGAUAUUUGGUAUGUAGCAUCAUCUAGUGGUCCUUUACCAAGAUUGUUCAAAUUAUCCCCCUAGGGUCAAAUGUGGACCCGCCCGGGGGUCCCAAGUUUCACAUAGACUUACAUAGGAAAAAAAGUUUUAAAGUCUUCUUGUCUGAAACCACAACACUUAGACCUUUGAUAUUUGGUUUGUAGCAUUGUCUUAUGGUCCUCAGCCAAAAUUGUUCAAAUUGUACCCCUGGGAUGAAAAGAGGCCCUGCCCUGGGGGUCCCAAGUUUUAUAUAGACUUAUAUAGGAAAAAGCUUUAAAAAUCUUCUUGUCUGACCUAGGCUUUUGAUAUUUGGUAUGAUGCAUUGUCUAGUAGUCCUCUACCAAAAUUGUUCAAAUUAUGCCCCUGGGGUUAAAAGAGGCUCCACCCUGGGGUCACUUAGUUAUUAUGUGAGUUAUAUAGGAAAAAUACAUAAAAAAUCAUUCGAUCCUAUUUCCAAGACUGUUUAAUUAUAAUUACCUGUUGACCCCAAGUAAUAUGAUGUCACUUGACUGUGACCUUGACCAACUGACCUACUUUCUUGUUUUUUAACAUACAGCCUUGAAAUUUUGAUGACAUACACAGUUUGCACACAAAUCGUGAAACUGAAUUUCUUUGACCAUGAAUGUGACCUACUGACUUUCUUAAUAUUUUAUCAUCUGUUUGACAUUUGAAACAUGUAGCUCAUAUUACUCAAGUGAGCGAUCCAGGGUCAUCAUGACCCUCUUGUUUAAAUUUAACACGUGAAUUUCUUCAUGUGUAAUGCGGUACAAAGGAACAAGUCAAAUUUAAAGAUUUAAGUUUUUUAUUAAAAGAUAUCCCACUUAUGCAUCUGGAUAGUUUCUUUUGUUGUUCAGUAUAGAAUCAGAGCAUGUAAAGUAAGUGUAAAACCAUUCUGUUGUAUCUUUUUGAUAAAGAUAAAAAACGUGAUUUUUUUCAUGGGAUAUAUUUGUUCAAUUAUUCAUGACAGCAAACUUAUUCAUUACAUUAAAGUCUCGCAAAUAUUUUACACAUGCAGUUAGUCUGUUUUCAAUGUUUAGGAAUUUCUGAUGACACAAGUAUGCAGUCAUGUAUCUUCUCUAACUUGUUCUUUAACUAUAUCCUUGUACUGGGAUACAUUGUGUUUGCUAUUAAAGAUGUAACAUUGUUUAGUUGGCAGUUUACAUACUUGUCUACACAGGAAUGAAUGCCUUAGUAUAUUUUUGUGUUAUGACUUCAAAUGACAUAUAACAUGAUACAUUCAUCUAGUAAAUUAUUUAUUUUAUAAAAUACGAAAAAGUUAAAAACAAUUUUGAAAGGAUUAUUACAAAUUAGGAAAUAAAGUGAAAUUUAGACCUUUCACAAUGGUGAAAUUUUUAUGUGAUAGAUUAUAAAGGCAUGCUUGUGUUUAGUUGUUUAAGACCAGUAACUCAAACUGGAAGUGAUUAAGUAUUUUUAGCUCAACUAUUCAAAGAAUAGUCUGAGCUAUUCUACUCACCCUGGUAUCGGUGUCGGCAUCACACCUUGGUGAAAGUUUUGCAUGCACACGUACAUUUUUAUAGCUAUCAUUUUAAGGCAUUUUAAUAGCUUUGAAAUAUUUUUUUUCUUUUUCUAGGUCACAGGAUCAAGUCCCAUAACUCUGACAUGUAUUUUGGGCAAAUUAUGUCCCCUUUUGAACUUAAAAAAGCCUGUUAAAGUUUUGCAUACAAGUUACUAUCUCAAAAACUAAUGCAAAUUCACACGUUUCUUUGGGUUUAUAAAACUAGGUCUUAGCAUCAACUGAGGCAUGUAGUUUGCAGAUUUAUGUCCCCUUUUGAACUUAAAAACUUCUGAUUUCUCUAAAAUUAAUGCAGAUACUGGAUUGAAACUCUAUAGAUAUUUUAACAUUCAGGGUAAUAUUCCUUCUUCUGGGACAACAGUUCGAACAGUUGUCAGCAUGUCUUACGGACAGCUCUUGUUAAUUUUGGAAACACUGAGGAAAAAAUCAUCUUAAAGAAGUAAUUAUAUUGAUAAAAAGUGAAAAAUGGAAGAAAGAAAUAUGUCAGACCACAUUAUACCAAUAUGCACACCAAAAAUUUCAAUUUUAUAAUUUACAAAACAUAGUACCUAGUUUUUAGCUCACCUGAGCCAAAGGCUCAGAGUGAGCUAUUGUGAUUGCUCACCGUCCGGCGUCCGGCCAUACUUCCCUUUAAAUAACACCUCCUUAACCAUCUGGCUAAAUUUGAUGAAACUUCACAGGGAUGUUCCUUGGAUGGUCUUCUUUAAAAAAUAUUCAAAGAAUUUAAUUCCAUGCAGAACCCUGGUUGCCAUGGGAACCGAAAGGAAAAUCUUUAAAAAAUCUUCUUGUCCAAACCCACAGGUCAUAGGGCUUUGAUAUUUGGUAUGUAGCAUCCUCUAGUGGUCCUCUACCAAGACUGUUCAAAUUAUCCCCCUAAGGUCAAAUAUGGCCCCGCUCCGGGGGUCACAUGGUUUAUAUAGACUUAUAUAGGGAAAAACUUUGAAAAUCUUCUUGUCCAAAACCACAGGGCUAAGGGCUUUGAUAUUUGGUAUGUAGCAUCAUCUAGUGGUCCUCUACAAAGAAUAUUCAAACAUCUCCUUAGGGUCAAAUAUGGCCCCGCCCUGGGGGUCACAUGGUUUAUAUACAUGUAGACUUAUAUACGGAAAAUCUUCUUGUCAUAAACCACAGGGCCUAGGGCUUUGAUGUUUAGUAUGUAGUAUCAUCUAGCGGUCCUCUACCAAGAUUUUUAAAAUUAUCCCCCUAGGCUCAAAUUUGGCCGACACCCUUGGGAUCACAUGCUUUAUAUAGACUUUAUAAUAGGGAAAAACUUUGAAGAUCUUCUUGUCCAAAACCACAGGUCCUAGGGCUUUGAUAUUUGAUUUGUAGCAUCAUCUAGUGGUCUUCUACCAAGAAUGUUCAAAUUAUCCCCUUAGGGUCAAAUAUGGCCCCACCCUGGGGGGGGGUCACAUGGUUUAUAUAGACUUAUAUAGGGAAAAACUUUGAAAAUCUUCUUGUCCAAAACCACAGGGCUAAGGGCUUUGAUAUUUGGUAUGUAGCAUCAUCUAGUGGUCCUCUACAAAGAAUAUUCAAACAUCUCCUUAGGGUCAAAUAUGGCCCCGCACUGGGGGUCACAUGGUUUAUAUACAUGUAGACUUAUAUAUGGAAAAUCUUCUUGUCAUAAACCACAGGGCCUAGGGCUUUGAUGUUUAGUAUGUAGUAUCAUCUAGUGGUCCUCUACCAAGAUUUUUAAAAUUAUCCCCCAGGCUCAAAUUUGGCCGACACCCUUGGGAUCUCUAGGGAUUCCCCCCCCCCCCCCCCACCCCCCACUGCCAACAACAAUUUUUUUAUUAUUUGGAUCAAUUUUUAUUUUUAGCUCGCCUAGCCACAAAGUGCUAAGGUGAGCUUUUGUGGUCACCCUGUGUCCGUCGUCGUCUGUUCGUCCGUCGUCAACAAUUUGACUGUUAACACUCUGGAUGGCAAAAUUUUGACCUAAUCUUAAUGAAACUUGGUCAGAAUGUUACCCUCAAUAAAAUCUUGGACGAGUUCGAUAUUGGGUCAUCUGGGGUCAAAAACUAGGUCACCAGGUCAAAUCAAAGGAAAAGCUUGUUAACACUCUAGAGGUCACAAUUUUAGGCCAAUCUUAAUGAAACUUGGUCAGAUUGUUACCCUCAAUAAAACCUUGGACGAGUUCGAUAUUGGGUAAUCUGGGGUCAAAAACUAGGUCACCAGGUCAGAUCAAAGGAAAAGCUUGUUAACAAUGUAGAGGUCACAUUUACGACUAUAUCUUCAUGAAACUUGGUCAGAGUGUUAAUCUUGAUGAUCUAAAGGUCCAGUUUGAAUCUGGGUCAUGUAGGUCAAAAACUAGGUCACUUGGUCAGAUCAAAGGAAAAGCUAGUUUACACUCUAGAGGCCACAUUUAUGACCAUAUCUUAAUGAAACUUGGUCAGAAUGUUAAUCUUGAUAAUCCAUAGGUCAAGUUCAAAUCUGGGUCAGGUGGGGUCAAAAACUAGGUCACCAGGUUAAAUCAAAGGAAAAGUUUGUUAACACUGGAGAGGUCACAAUUUUGGCCCAAUCUUAAUGAAACUUGGUCAGCAUGUUGCCUCAAUAAAAUCUUGGACGAGUUCGAUAUUGGAUCAUCUGGGGUCAAAAACUAGGUCACCAGGUCAAAUCAAAGGAAAAGCUUGUUAACACUGUAGAGGUCACAUUUAUGACUAUAUCUUCAUGAAACUUGGUCAGAAUGUUAAUCAUGAUGAUCUCAAGGUCCGAUUUGUAUGUGGGUCAUGUAGGAUCAAAAACUAGGUCACUAGGUCAAAUCAAAGGAAAAGCUUGUUAACACUGUAGAGGUCACAUUUAUGACUAUAUCUUCAUGAAACUUGGUCAGAAUGUUAAUCAUGAUGAUCUCAAGGUCUGGUUUGUAUCUGGGUCAUGUAGGGUCAAAAACUAGGUCACUAGGUCAAAUCUAAGGAAAAGCUAGUUAACACUAGAGGCCACAUUUAUGACCAUAUCUAAAUGAAACUUGGUCGGAAUUUUAAUCUUGAUGAUCCAUAGGUAAAGUUGAAAUCUGGGUCAGGUGGGAUAAAAACUAUGUCACCAGGUUAAAUCAAAGGAAACGCUUCUUAACACUCUAGAGGUCACAAUUUUUGCCCAAUCUUUAUGAAACUUGGUCAGAAUGUUACCCUCAUUAAAUCUUGGACGAAUUUGAUAUUGGGUCAUCUGGGGUCAAAAACUAGGUCACCAGGUCAAAUCAAAGGAAAAGCUUGUUAACACUGUAGUGGCCACAUUUAUGACCAUAUCUUAAUGAAACUUGGUCAGAAUGUUAAUCUUGAUGAUCUGUAGGUCAAGUUUAAAUCUGGGUCAGGUGGG